AUGAAGACAGCAAAGCCCACACAGGACUGGGCGAGGGAACUCAUAAAGAAUGAUCCACAACACCUGGAGUGGUAUACCAUUGAGUGCUUUGGCAUUCAGCAUCAUCUCCAUGUGAAAACUGAUGAGUUAGAGCGCCAGUUUAACCAAAGUACAGGUACUGACUGAGUGUGAAACAUCAGUUCAUAUUCAGCUGUGAUGUGAAGGUGUGUAUGAUAAUCUUGAAUCUGUGCACAACAGAGUUUCUCAACGAGUGAGCAGGUUGUUGUUGCUGUUGUUGCAGAAAAAUCCCUUACCUAACUGUGCUGGAUUGUCACCUUUCCUGUUUCGUCUCUCACUCUCUCUCUUUUAGGUGUCCACAUCCUACAGAGGAUUAAUGGCUGUGAGUGGGAUGAUGAGACUGGAGAGACUUUUGGUUUUAUCAAGUAUGGUUUUGAUAGGGAGGACCUCUUAGACUUAGACCUGCAGACCAUGACAUGGAUCGCUCCAGCGUACAAGGCGUUUGUCGUCAAACUUAAUUGGGUUACAGAGAAAGCAAGAUUGCGUGCAUACAAUCACUUCCACAACUACAUGUGCCCUCAAUUGCUUAAAAAGUAUGUGCACUUUGGGGGGAGUCUUAUCCGGAGAACAGGUGGAAACACACAACAAGGUUUACUGUCCUUUUAUUUUACUACGAGUAUUCAGAAGUAGAAGAACCAAACUGUCUCAUUGGUUGUCUUCGUCCCUCCAGAGCUUCCCUCAGUGUCUCUCCUCCAGAAGUCUCCUUCCUCUCCUGUCAUCUGCCACGCUACAGGUUUCUACCCGGACAGAGUCAUGAUGUUCUGGACAAGAGAUGGAGAGGAGCUUUUUGAGGAAACAGACUAUCGAGAGAUCCUCCCUAAUCCUGAUGGAACCUUCCAGAUGAGUGUGGAGCUGAGCAUUUCUUUGGUGAAAACUGAAGACUGGGGGAGGUAUGAAUGUGUGUUUCAGCUCUCUGGUGUGAAGGAGGAUAUCGUCACCAAACUGGACAAAGCAGCGAUUAGGAGCAACAAAGGUACCAGAACAAGAAGCAAAAACAUUAUUUCCUGA